GAUCCCCACACCAUGUUCAGCUGUCACCACCAAUAUAAAUGGCUGCAGUUCCUAAAGGUCUGUGAGUGAGUUGACCGAGGAAAUCCUUCCUUCGCGAGAUGACCACUUACGUAACCUUCUAAAUAAAUAAUAAAUCUAUCCGGACAAUAGACCAUAAAUGGAUGCGAGGCAAGACAGAGAAUCCUGCGUGGACGGCUUCUUCCAACCGAGGUUCCUCCACCCCCUGGUGAUGAUGAUGAUGAUGAUGAUGAUGAUGAUGGUGGUGGUGGUGGUGAGCUGGCCACCCCUUCCACUCUCGUUGCAUCAAUGAGACGCAGAAGCGGCGCGAUGUUUCCACGCUGACACGUGUUCACACCUGCGGACCAACUCUCCACUUUUCCUUAUCACGUCUCCUGCUCAGGCGACGCAUCGCCCCCCGGAUUCCCCUUCCAACUUUGCUCGCCUCCCUCCGUCAUCUCGUCCUCCCACGCUGGUGUUCCCAGUGUCGCAUUCCCCGUCCUCCCCUCCAGUGAUCGGGGAUGAACGCUCCCGCCGCCCGCCUGGUUUCCAUGUCAGCAUGGGAAGCGCCGCGUCCAAGAGGAAGAAUUUGAGAAACGAUGCCAUAUCUUCAGUGGCGGCAAAAGUUAGAGCAGCUCGAGCAUUUGGAGAGUACCUGUCCCAUACACACCCUGAAAACCGAAAAGGAUCAGGUCAUCUUCUUUGUGAAACCUUGGUGGGGCCUGAUCCAGAGUCACCAAGUGAUACUAUUGGCCAAGAAAACAACAACCAUCUCCAUCUGUUCACCAAGAGCGUGGAGGAAAACCCUGCUCCAAGCCUAGUCAGCUCCUCGCUGGGCUUACAGCAACCACCUCCCCCGUCCAUCACUGUUUCCAGCAAAGGCCUAUCUCUGGAGCGCAGUUUCUCAGCUGAAGAGGACGAGCAGAAGAGUGUGGAGUGCACACUGCAGCCCGCCCGUGUGUACACCAUUACCUCCCAGCACGGUAUGCUGAUGAGUGCCAGUCGGGGGAGCAAGGAGAGCCUCGAACUGGACGUCUUGAAGGAGAAGUCUGCAAGUGGAGGGCUGGGAUCCAGAGGUCCCUCAAAUUUCAUCAAGCCCUCCACAAGUCCUUCAUCCACCUCAUCGUCUCCCACCCAGUACCAUCAUGGCAGUGGUGCGCGUGGCACCAGCAGCAGCGUCGCUAGCAGCCACCACCACGGCAACUAUCACCACAGUAACCACCAUCACCACUUGGGGCUCUCAAGCAGCGAUACGAGCGGAGGAGCGAGCAGUAGCCAGCAACCACCAAGCCUGACAGCGUCCCACUCCCAUCAUGCAUCACACCACCACCACCAUCACCUAUCCCAACCGCCCCUGCAGACCUCCGUCAGUGCCCACAACAUCCGCAGCUGGGCCGACGGGGGGAAAGGGGAGGCUGAGUGCAGUGGGUUGACGUGCGAAUCCUGCGGCGGCGCUCCGUCUCGGAGUCAGGGCUCCCUGGAUCUGGAGAGCGCUUCACGAGAGCCAGGCAAGCAGCACCGACGCCUAGAGAGGAUGUGGAGUGUGGACCGGAUGACUGGGCUGGAGAGAGACGACACUAACUGGUUCCCAAAAGAAAAUAUGUUCAGCUUUCAAACUGCCACGACGACCAUGCAAGCGUGAGUGAACUUCCGGAAGCAUCUUCGGAUGGUGGGCAGCAGGAGGAUGAAAGCGCAAACAUUCGCUGAACGUAGAUCCAAGAGUUUCAGCCGUUCCUGGAGUGACCCCACCCCAGUCCAGACUGACCCUGCUCACGAAGCCAGUGGAGACCUGCAGACGUCCAGCAGCACUGUGGAUGAGGCUGGACUGGUGGACUCACUGGACUGGGAGGAGGAGAGAGAGAUGGAGAGGCUGGCCUGUGAAGGGGAUGACUUCAUACCUCCCAAAAUUAUGCUCAUCUCCUCAAAAGUCCCAAAGGCGGAGUACGUUCCCACAAUAAUCCGCAGAGAUGACCCCUCCAUCAUCCCCAUCCUCUACGACCACGAACACGCAACUUUUGAUGACAUUCUGGAGGAAAUUGAGAAGAAGCUCACGGCCUACAGGAGAGGAAGCAAGUUCUGGAGGAUGCUCAUCUUCUGUCAGGGCGGCCCGGGGCAUCUUUACCUACUGAAGAAUAAAGUGGCGACAUUCGCUAAAGUGGAGAAGGAAGAAGACAUGAGCCAAUUCUGGAGGAGGCUGAGUCGCUUCAUGAGCAAAGUCAACCCGGAGCCCAACUUGAUUCACGUCAUGGGGUGUUACGUGUUGGGAAACCCCAAUGGAGAGAAGCUGUUCCAGAAGCUGAAGAAUCUGAUGAGGCCUUAUUCUGUCGAGUUCGAGUCGCCGCUGGAGCUCUCUGCGCAGGGCAAAGAGAUGAUCGAGUUGUACUUUGACUUCCGCCUCUACCGACUAUGGAAGACGCGCCAGCACUCAAAACUCUUGGACUACGAGGAUUUUUUGUGACAAACAAACCUGGUCGCCGAACGGGCUUGAGCCCUGAAGAGCCACGACGGACCCCCUACCCACUGACUAGACGUUCAUCAGCUGUAGUACCCGCAACUAAAGAUAAAACUUGCUUUCAUCCUACUGAUGAUGAUGGAGAAGAGGUGGACAAUAGUUUUGAAAGCGAACGCGUAUUAAAAAAAAAAAAAAUGUUUCACAUUUCUGUCGCGAGGAGGUCAUUUUUGAGACUUGGGGAAAGUCACCAUGAUGUUUCUGUGUUCUCGUCCGGACCUUGUCGGCUCCACGCAGACAAACUUAAACGUAGAUGUGUGUGUUCAUGAAUAUCUAGCAUAGCUUUAGUCAUGGAAAUAAUAUUCCUACCGAGUAAACGGAUGCAUUCACGUCAUUUUUCGAUGUGCUUUGUUGUCAUAUGGAACAACUCAGGUUUUAGCCAUGAAAUAAUGAAUCCGUUUGUCUAUCAAAAUAUUGUAAUCCUCAUUGCUUUGAAUGAAUGUACCAUCUCAACAGAAAUGUAUCUUUGAGGACUUUGUUUCUUUCAAACGAUAAUGUGUCCUGUGCCGGUUUUAUGUGCGUGUGUGUGUGAGUGUAAACAGGUAAUUAUAACGUCAUCCUGCUGCCAUGUCUGCCACCGAUAGAUAUAUCCAUGAUGUCAAGUGGGAUGUAACAGCCAUCCGAGUGCUUGGAGCUCCGCAGCGUACGACCACUUGACCUUCCGCCCUCUUGUGCUUUUUGUUCAUGAGAGGUGGACAGCGCUAGCUAGCAUCACUUGCUCUCUGUCAAACACUCUUGGCCGCCUCCUUAGCUGGGCUGCGCUCCAGUCCCAGGAACUCGGGAAUUCUGCAGCUCUGCCAGCAGUUGAAGCUGUUGACAGCCAUCUGCUUACCUGUGACGGCGUCGGCUUGUUAGCGGGACGGAAAUAGGGGUCGACGUUCCCAACCACGUGAACUGCGCAUCCUAGGAGCCUUGAGACGGCGUGCGUUUUACCAAGGGCUGGGGAGAGGGAGAGUGCUGGUGACAUGAUGAUAAAUUCUACACGUUCUUCCUCUAAAGUUCAUGAGACAGCCUGGAGAUGAGAACCUUGCUCGGUAGAUUCUUAGAUUUUGACAGGAAUCUAUCUUUAAAAUAUAUCUAGAAUGUCAAAAAAAAAAAAUCUCCCAAACAAGCUGAUAUUUUUUCUAUUCCGAACAAAAUAGCCAUUUUUACCGACAGUUUGCGAUUUUAAAAAGCAUAUUUCUGUGUGUUUCAGGUUUUAUGAUUAGAUCAUUCUCUUCAGACUUCAAAGAACAUCUACUUCGUCCACAAGACACUGCUGUCUCCUGAGUUUAUGGAAACGUUAGAAGUCACCGUCAUUCUUUAUGACCCAAACUCUGGUGAAGAGCAGGGAAGCAGCGGCUAUAAUCCUACUCUCUUAACCUUCUCUUGACUCCAUGUUUUCACUAGAAUGGUCUGGCAGAGUCCACCUGCUCCAUCCUCCCCAAUAUUUGCUCCUGAGUUUGACUGAGUGGUUGCUUUUAAAUCUCUCAACGUUGUGGAAUAAAAAGCCUUUGGAUUCUUUGGACUGCUUGACUUAAGAUAAGUUUGUGCGAGCUUUGGUCACAGAUACAUUGUUGCUUAACUCUCUGAAAGGCUGCAAUCUUCUCGACCCAAACCACUGCAAGAUGUUUCUGUAAAAUGACCACAAGCAUUGGCUUUUUUAAACCUUUAAAUGAUCAGUGUUUUAAGUCAGUAUCUAUCUAAUUUUUGUCGGCAACGCUUGCACAACUGUCCCAGCAGACGCAACAAAAGGACUAGACUCAAACUGUAGAUCAACAACUUCAUUUAUUCAACGUAAAUUGAAGUAACAUGAACUGGGAUGAUGCAAACAAAUAACUCUGAAUUUUAACCAACAAAACCGUCACGAACAAGUGGCUUGGACUGAGUCACUGAGACUUCAGGGCUGACGUGAUUGAUUUUAUUUACCUCAAUAGUCUUCAAUAGUUUCUAAUUCCAGCAGCAGAGAUUGACAGAAUGAUAAUGAAGUCAUUCGAACUGGACUGAAGCUCAAUGAGACAUCAAUGGAUUGGCUGAGCGUGAGAGAGACUCUCGACUCAACUUGAUCUUUGGCACAAGCCAAGGAACAAAAGCUCUGAUUCUCUGAUUCUGACCCAGACAUUUUUGACUCAUUGACAUGUGAAUCAAUAAAAUAUGAUUUUAGAAUGUGUUCUACUUUUGCGGGCGACUUUGUCCGACAGUCUUUUUGCACUUUUCUUUUCCAAGUGUCAGUGUCAGAAUGUGUAGAUUAGGACAUUGUCGGACUCCUUGUGAGCAAGUGAUGGAGUCAAAACUGUUUCGACUAGGACUCCGAAGUGUCUCCGUUAGCAUGUCAUGUCUGUUUCACAGUGCAGCACUCUGGGUUUCGUCGUUGCCUCUCUGCCAUGACGCUCUCAUCAGAGGCGCUCAAGCCGCACAACUCUCUCACAUGUCUCUGGGCUCUCUGUCCCUCUCUCGUUGUCAUAUCUCAUGCGUGGUGGAAAGAAGGUUGUCGAUAUGUUAUUGGCUGUGAUGUGAAACGCACUCAGGCGAUGGACGGAGCUUCUGUGUUUUCUUCAGGAAAAAUGGAAAUCUAAUUAAAGAU